AUGGGCUGCAGUUUCCUGUAAUAGUGGGCGCUGCAGUGUCGUGAAAGUCCCUAGUCAGUUUGUCCAACCUCCGAAAUGUCAUUUGUCAGGUAAAAUGGGCAAGUGCAAUGGCAGUUUUGCAAGAGUUUGAUAGGGCAAUAUCUUGCGUUGCGUCUAAGUUGGAUGGGAGUGCCCCUCAGCCGUCUGAUGCCGGUGCGAGCAUCUUCACAAUGUCGACCGAAGACAGCAGCGAAGACAUGGACAUCGCGCAGCAACUCAAGAACAUGGAGAACGUUAUUAACCUGACCCGCGCCAACAUCGACGCCCUUAACGCCAAGUUCGCCGACUUCCAGCACCCGCCGCCCAUCUACCUGAUGGAGUACGAGGACCUCACCUGCAAGCUGCACGAACUAGAGCUCCAGGAGCGCCGCCUCAUCGAGCAGCUGAGCAACGGCCGCGAGAGCCCCCCCGAGCUGCUGGAGGAGCCCGAGCGGCGCGCCGCACAGCCCCACGCCCUCGCCCUCAGGCCUAGGUUCCUCAGGGCGCAUCUGCCCAACCAGCAGCGCACCAGCGUCCAAGUACGCGAGGGGCUCACGCUGCGAGACGCCUUAGCCAAAGCAAUGAAACUACGUAACCUUAUUUGUGAAAUGUGCUGUGUUUAUCUCGGGGAUACUAACACUGUGGUGAAUUGGGACACGGAUAUUAGCACCCUCAACUGCGAGGAGAUCACCGUUAAAAUACUCGACAAGUUUCCCAUUCCAACGAGUAUUUCGCAUAAUUUCGUUAGAAAGACUUACUUCUCGCUGGUGUUCUGUGAAUGCUGUCGGAGACUUUUAUUUCAAGGGUUUUAUUGUAGGACUUGCGGAUACAAGUUCCACCAAAGGUGUGCCGGAAACGUACCUCCAUUGUGUCACCAAGUUCGUAUGACGGACGCCUACUACCGGGCGCUCCUCGCCCGCUCUCCGGACUUCAGCGCGGGCAUCCUGCACCCAGGUCAGGCCGGCCUGGGGCUCUCCCGCCAGCCGCGCCACCCUGGCACCCUCGGCCACCACGACCGCUCCAGCUCCGCCCCCAACGUCUGCCUCAACAACGUGAAGGGCCCCGGCGACGACUGCCCCAAGUCCCUCAGUCUGACCCGGGGCGGCAUCGACGACGGCCUCCCCCACUACCACAGCACCCAGGCCUCGCCCACCGGCUCCCUCCAGCCGCGCCGACCCCGUGCUCGCUCCGCCGACGAGAGCAAGCCCCUCCUCGCCCCUCGCGAGAGCAUCGAGGAUUGGGAGAUCCCCGCCGACGAGAUCCUCGUCGGCCAUCGGGUCGGCUCGGGCUCCUUCGGCACGGUCUACAAGGCCCAUUGGCACGGCCCGGUCGCUGUCAAGACGCUCAACGUUAAAAUACCAACGUUGGCACAACUGCAAGCCUUCAAGAACGAGGUGGCAGUACUGCGCAAAACGCGACACGUGAACAUUUUAUUGUUCAUGGGGUGUGUUAGUAAGCCGCAGUUGGCGAUCGUGACGCAAUGGUGCGAGAGUUCGAGCUUGUACAAGCAUCUCCACGUGCACGAGACGAAAUUCGCGCUUUUUACUUUGAUCGAAAUCGGGAGACAAACGGCACAAGGAAUGGACUACCUCCAUGCGAAAAAUAUCAUCCAUCGAGAUCUCAAAUCGAAUAAUAUUUUCCUACACGAUGACCUAACCGUCAAAAUCGGCGAUUUCGGCUUAGCCACGGCCAAGAUCCGUUGGUCGGGCUCCAAGCAGUUCCACCAGCCGACGGGGAGCAUCCUCUGGAUGGCGCCAGAAGUGAUCCGGAUGCAGGAGGACAACCCGUACAGCUUCCAGUCGGACGUUUACGCGUUCGGGAUCGUUAUGUUCGAGAUGUUGGCAAUGCAAUUGCCCUACUCCCACAUCAACAACAAGGACCAAAUCCUGUUCAUGGUGGGGAGGGGGUACCUCAAACCAGACAUGAGUAAACUACGCUCCGACACACCCAAAGCUUUAAGACGACUCACUGAAGACUGUAUCAAGUUCAAUCGGGACGAGAGACCGCUUUUCAGGCAGAUUCAUGCCUCGUUGGAGGGACUUUUGAGGAGUCAUCCGAAAAUUAACAGAUCGGCGUCCGAACCGAACAUGAAUCGGACGCAGAUCCAGUCUGAUGAUUUUAUUUAUCCGUGUGCUAGUCCGAAAACACCGGUGGCGUUCGGACCGUCGAGUUUUUUUUAUUCGGGAGGAACGGGUAAUAUCUGAGGGGAGGGCGCCAAGAGGGACGUUUAGGACGAGUGAGAGUGCGUGAUACGGCUUGAGUAGAGGUUAUCAUUAAGUUAUUGUCAAGUAUUUAAAUUUAAAUAUUGUUUUGUUUUCGUAUUAAAUAAAUUCUUAAAAAAAUA